GCUAGAGGAGAAAAUGAAAGAAAAUCCUUGUACUAGUAGUUAUGACUUGGUAGUAGAAAACUUGUACUAAUACAAGAGAAAACCAAAAGGCUAUUAAGUGUUAGGAGAAGAUCAUGUUGUUAACUGUGAGAGAAGCAUGUCCUUGCUCGCCAAUUAGCUUCAACCUCUCUCGUAUCAAUCCCACAAGAGCCUCUCAAAGACUCAAAACAUCAGUUUGCAGAGCCAGCUUCUCUGUCCAGCCAAAACCCAACACCAAGUCGUGGAACACUACCCUUAACGCCAAUAGUUUUGAUCCCUUGGGUAUUAAUUCAAAUGUACCAUCCAGUCUAAAUGCUUCUUGGGAAAGUCUUCUAGCCUUCUUAUCGCCAAUAUUUGAGAGUGCUUCGAGUACAAAAAAAGAUAAGCGAGGAGUUGCAGCUGCAAUCGAGGACAGUUCCAUUGAUUUUGGCGAUUUCUUCAAAGGCCCAUUACCAGGAAAAUUUCUCAAGCUUUUGGGGUUUCUGGCUCUAUCCCGUCUUGGGAUAUAUAUACCCCUAGGUGGGGUAAAUCAGGAGGCAUUCGCUGGAAAUUUAGAUCAGAAUAGCUUAUUGAGCACUUUGGAUUCAUUUUCUGGGGGAGGCAUUGGUAGACUUGGAAUAUGUUCACUAGGAAUUGUUCCCUUUAUCAAUGCCCAGAUUGUGUUUCAGCUUCUUGCUCAAAUUUAUCCCAAGUUGCAAGAUCUUCAGAAGAGAGAAGGUGAAGCAGGAAGAAAGAAAAUUCUUCAGUAUACUCGGUAUGCUUCAGUUGGUUUUGCUAUAGUACAGGCAAUUGGUCAGGUUCUUUACCUUCGUCCUUACGUUGAUGACUUUAACACGCAGUGGGUUCUAACAUCUGUUACUUUAUUGACACUUGGCUCUGUGUUUACAACUUACAUUGGAGAACGAAUCUCUGAUCUCAAACUUGGAAAUGGUACAUCUCUUUUGAUAUUUACAAGUAUUAUUUCCUACUUGCCGGCAUCUUUUGGUCGGACUGCUGCAGAGGCAUUUCAGGAUGGUAACUAUGUUGGACUUGGCACCAUCAUCUUUUCGUUCUUCCUAUUAGUUCUUGGUAUUGUCUAUGUUCAGGAGGCAGAAAGAAAGAUUCCACUCAACUAUGCCUCAAGAUAUACCAGCAGAAGUGAUGGGCUUCAAAAAUCUGCUUAUCUACCCUUUAAGGUAAAUAGUUCUGGGGUGAUGCCAAUUAUCUUUUCUACAUCAUCAUUGGCUCUUCCUGGCACCCUAGCGCGGUUCACUGGAAUAUCUGCACUGAAGAAAGCUGCAUUGGCUUUGAACCCGGGAGGUUCUUUCUAUCUCCCAACCAAUAUCCUAUUAAUAGCGUUCUUCAACUAUUACUACACCUUCCUUCAAUUAGACCCCGAUGAUGUGAGUGAACAGUUGAAGCGCCAAGGUGCAUCAAUUCCACUUGUACGACCGGGUAAAAGUACCGCUGCUUUUCUUAAAACAGUUCUUAGCCGCAUAUCUGUUCUGGGUUCUGCCUUUUUGGCUAUCCUGGCUGCUGGUCCUUCUGUGAUUGAACAAAUCUCACACUUGACUGCAUUUCGAGGAUUUGCUGGCACUUCCGUCCUGAUUCUUGUUGGUUGUGCAACAGACACUGCAAGAAAAGUUCAAGCAGAAAUAAUAUCCCAGAAGUACAAGAACAUAGAGUUUUAUGACAUUGACAGGUAUGGUCCAUAAAAGGAUGACAAAGAAUGGGAAAGACAGGUCUUUGGAUUGUAUUCGAGGGACAUGGCGCAGUAUGAUCACAUUUCAUCUGAGAUGUCAUUCGAUAUAUAGCUUGCCAUUUUGUAUCUAGGUUUCUGGCCUGUGUAUUUUACCUUUUUUAUUAUUGAUUUAGGAUGUAACAUGUACAUAAUGCUGCAUCACGGCCAGAAUCACGUCAGAGUUCCCUAAUUUUAAUAUUUUCUAAGAACAUAACCUAAAAUCCAUUCACAUUGUUUCCUUACUAGUUUCUGCAGUGCAGGCAAUAAAAGACAUGAAUUGCCGAA